CUCUUUAAUAAACUUUAGUCUUUUCCCUGAUUGUACUUUUCUACUUGUUAUUAAUAUGAUAUGUAUUCCAACCUAUAUUACUAUUUCACCAAGAAAAGAUGGAACCACGGCAAAGACGAAAUGCUUAAAUCCACAGAAUAGCUCAUAUACACUUAAGCCUCUGAAAAGAAAAUUACAAAUAUCAUCUUCAGCCAUUUUGACCAAAUUUAGAGUUCGAGGAACUAUUCCACAUCGUCGACCUUCCUCUCUCUACUCAUUUAGUAGCUAUCAGUCAAGUCAUAACGACUACAAUCACUCGCAGAGUAUUUCUAGCACUAGAUCAACUAAGUUUUCACCACUGACAAAUUUACCUAAUGAGAUCAUAUCCAAUAUUCUAUUCUUUUUGGACUACACUUCAGUUCAGAAAUUCUCACGCACCUGUAGUCAAAUGUAUGCUGUUUGUCAUGACAAUGAGUUAUGGCGAAAACUAUUGUAUGCCGACUUUGGAUCCGUACCUCCUCGUAUACUUACAGACCAAGAUACAUCAUUAUCACUUGUACUAAGAAGACAAAAAAAAAGGAGAACAAGCAUCAUGCCACCUUCCACUAAUUUGAAACUCUAUCAAAAUCACCUUAAAUUAGGCAAACGCUGGUUGACGGGAAAGGUAAAUACCCGCUUUUUACAAGGACAUCAAGAUAGUGUAUAUUGCCUGGCUUGGAUAGACGUUCAUUUGUUGGUCAGUGGUAGCCGGGACAAGACAUUAAAAAUAUGGAAUGUGUUGACGAACCAAUGUGUUCGAACAAUUCAACAUGAACAUGAGGGUAGUAUCUUGAGUUUGCGGGUCAAUAAGGACAGAACUACCCUUUUGACUGGAUCUUCUGAUGCUACCUGUACUGUCUGGUCUUUACCUGACUUGAUCCCUAUUCAUCGUCUUUUGGGACAUGGUCAUAGUGUGCUUGAUGUUUGUUUUGUCAAGGACAUGGUUGUUACUUCUUCAAGAGAUCAUACAUUACGUGUAUGGGAUAAAGAGAAAGGCACAGAAUUACGUCAAAUGAUAGGUCAUGCUGCUUCAGUCAAUGCUAUUGAAGCAAUAGAAGAUUCUUACCAAGUUGUGUCAGCGUCAGGUGAUGCCACACUUAAGUUAUGGGAUGUUAGAACGGGUGAAUGUCUCAGAACCAUGGAAGGUCAUCGACUUGGAUUAGCAAGUGUCCGAUUCAAUGGUAAACACUUAUUCAGUGGAGGUUUAGAAGGAAAGAUCAAAGUAUGGGAUAUUGAUACUGGAGAAUGUCUCAAUACAUUGAUUGGUCAUGUUGGUAUGAUACGCUCUAUUGACUGUGUUGAGGGAAAAAUUGUGAGUGGUAGUUACGAUCGAACAAUCAAAGUUUGGGAUGCAGAGACUGGUGCUUGUAUCCUUAGUUUCCAAAGCGGUCAUUCAAGCUGGAUUUUUAGCGUUUUAUCUUCAGGAACUCGUAUAGUCAGUUCAGGACAAGAGAACCGUGUUAUGGUGAUUGACUUUGGAAGUGAUUUAACUCCUUUAUGUAUUUCAUAAAUUUCAUCUAAUAAACCUUAAAAUAUUACCCCGGA